GAGCUCGUCUUGGUCAACGCCACAUCAGUUAAGACCUCCCAAAUCGCAACCGUGGCGAUGCCGCCGUCGCUACGUUUUCUCCUACUACUGCUCGUCGCCGGCAGCGGCGGAGCCACGGCCGCUGCGUUCGAGCUGGAGGAGGCCACUAUCGACUCCAUCCACCGUGCCUUCGCCGCCGGCGAGCUCACCUCCCGCGGCCUCGUCGAGCUCUACCUGCGCCGCAUCGCGUCCCUGAACCCCGCGCUCCACGCCGUCAUCGAGCUCGACCCCGACGGCGCUCUCGCCGCCGCCGACCGCGCCGACGCCGCCGCGCGGUCCAGCUCCAGCGCGCUCCCGCCGCUGCACGGCAUCCCAGUGCUGCUCAAGGACAACAUUGCUGCGGCCGGGCCGCUGAACGCGACGGUCGGGUCGCUAGCCAUGGUCGGGUCACGCCCCGCGGGCGACGCUGGCGUUGUCGAGAGGCUCCGGAGCGCCGGCGCGGUGCUCCUUGGCACCGCUAGCCUCAGCGAGUGGUGUAACUUCCGCGGCCCCGGCAUCCCAGCCGGAUGGAGCCCCCGUGGCGGUCAGGGUAAGAACCCUUAUGUGCCAUCUGCGACGCCCUGCUCCUCCAGCAGCGGCUCUGCGAUUGCCGCAGCCACAAACAUGGCAGCAGUGACAAUCGGGACUGAAACGGACGGCUCCAUCAUGUGCCCGUCCAGCUUCAACUCCGUCGUCGGGAUAAAGCCCACCGUCGGUCUCACCAGCCGUGCCGGCGUCAUCAUCAUAUCACCAAGGAUGGACACAGUUGGGCCCAUCACCAGAACAGUUUCAGAUGCUGUGCAUGUGUUGGAAGCAAUUGUUGGCUAUGAUGCUCGAGAUGCAGAGGCAACUCGCAUGGCUUCACAAUAUAUACCAGAAGGUGGUUACAGGCAAUUCUUAAACAUAGAUGGACUAAGAGCGAAGAGGUUGGGAAUUCUCAGGAAGGAUUUCUUUUGGUUUCCUUCUGGCUCUGUCCAACAAAAGGUCUUCAGUGAGCACUUCAACAUUAUGAGUAAAAUUGGUGCCGUCCUGGUGGACAAUCUUGAGAUACCAAGCAUGGAUGUCAUUAAUGAUGCUGUGCAAAGUGGCGAACGUGCACUUAUGCUUGCCGAAUUCAAGCUGUCCCUCAACUACUACUUAUCUGAGCUGGCCACUUCACCUGUUAGAUCAUUAUCUGACAUAAUCGACUUCAACAACAAGCACCGUAUCGAGGAAAGGAUGGCUGAAUUUGGUCAAGAUUACUUGAUACAAUCUGAAGCGACAAAUGGCAUUGGUCCAAACGAGAAGCACGCCAUUGCCAGAUUGAACAAACUGUGUAAAAGAGGCAUCGAGAAAGUAAUGCAAGAUAAUAAACUGGAUGCUAUUGUAGCUCCUGGUGCAUCUGCUCACAGCCUGCUUGCCAUUGGCGGUUAUCCAGCUAUUACUGUUCCAGCUGGGUAUGCUUCAAAUGGUGUUCCUUUCGCCAUAUGCUUUGGUGGGUUGAAAGGAUCAGAGCCAAAGCUUAUUGAGAUAGCUUAUUCAUUUGAGCAGGCAACAAAAGUGCGGAAACCUCCAUCGCUGCAGCAUUCUAUCAUUUGAACAUAACUUCAGAAAUGAAUGAGGCCAUUUUUUUUCCACAUUUCCUGCCAUUUUUCAACUCAGGAAAUAUUGAUGCUGAGUUGCUGACGAACCUACAUAUAUCGGAUGCUGAAACAUUGACUGCUUGAAACGCGAUAUUUUGUUCCAAACCAGCUACUGAACUCUUUUAAGUUUUAACCCAGGCAUCUUGUUCAUGAUAUGUAUGUUACAUAUGUAUGUUACAAUGCUACGAAACGCAUUUUCUUUUUGAAGAAGUAAAGAUUGCGGAACGUCAAAA